UUGUGAUGCAGUUCACGUUGUUUCCACUGGGUGUCUGCACCUUUUAAUGAUCAACAAAUGGCAUUUUUUAGAAGACUGCGUCAUACCAUGCAGUGGGGUCAACCACACCUUCUCACCAGGGCCGAACACGUUGCAGCUCGUGCACGUUGCCAUGCUGUGGUUCUACCUUCUCCUCCCCUCACUGCUCUGUGACAACCUGCUCUGCUACUACAGCCCCGUCCUGGAGAAGGACAAGACAUCUGAGCUCAUUGUGACGGAGUGCCCUUCUGACGAGCUGUGCUACAAGGCAGAUGGUCGCUAUGGCAACCACAGUGCCCUGUCGGCCAGGGGCUGCAUGGCAAAACAGGACUGCAGCCAGGUGCACAGCGUCCGCCACAAAGGAACCGUCUACACCAUGAGCUAUGCCUGCUGUGAUACACCACACUGUAACUCCUGCCCGGGGGUCGCAGCCACAUCCCUCUACAUCACUGUUACACUUCUGACUGUAGCUGUGAUGGCCGGCAGCUUGUGACCGGAGACAUCUGAUGCGCUAUGUUCACUAGAAUCUUUAGAGGUUCAUCUCAAAGGGGAAGAUGCUUUUGUAGUUCAAUACCAAGUGAGCAGUGCUCUGUAGCCUCAGCAUGGAGUAAUGCUGAUGGUCUACAGAAGUAUGUGGUGAACACCCAGUCUGAAGACACUGAGGUGUGCGCCAAGCUAA